AUGUCUGAAAUAUCAAAUAAAAUAGAACAGAAAAAUCAUGAAAAUGGUCAAGUGAAAAAAAUGGGAAGAUCAGUGGAUGAACGGCAUUUGGCUUUACGAAAAUCACAUUCUUCCAAAAGUCUAUUUCAACAAAUCGCAUGGAGAAGUUUAGAUAAUUCUAGACGACAAAAAAACAUGCCAAAUGGAGACUAUUCGGAACCACUUUGGGCAAUUGUUUUAGAUAAGAAAAUGGAAAAAAAUCAUAUACCUAAAGUAGAAGACAGUGAUUCGAUUUCCGCAUUUGGGUUUUAUCGAUCUAUCGAAAGUCAACCUGAACAACAACCAUGGGGUAAGAAAGCAAUUCCAAUGGUUGGUGAUUUGGUAUUACGAACAAUGGCGCAGAAACGUACAUUAACAUCUUUGUCGUCUAAUCUAACCAGUUGGACACUGACAGAUCAAGAAUUGAAAAUGCAUGUUUAUCGUAAAACAUUACAAGCCUUGGCUUAUCCCAUAUCAAGUAAUACACCGCAUAAUUUUCAAUUGUUUAGUGCUACCAGUCCUACUUAUUGUUAUGAAUGUGAAGGCUUAUUAUGGGGUGUAGCCAGGCAAGGAUUACGAUGUACUGAAUGUGGUGUUAAAUGUCAUGAUAAAUGUAAACGUUUAUUAAAUGCAGAUUGUUUACAAAGAGCUGCAGAAAAAUCUUUACGUCAUGGUGCUGUAGAUAAAGCUCAAGCUGCAAUGGAAGCAAUACGUGCAUUGAUUCAACGACGUAUUACUGAACGAUCAGAUAUUUUCGAAUUUUUAGCUAAUGUUUUUCAAAUUGAUGUACAUUCAAUGAUACAUUUAAAUGCUUUAGAAUUUGCACAAAAAAGUAUUGUAGCCGGUGCAAGUCAAUGGUCAGCUAAAAUUGCAAUCACUGUGAAAUCUGCACAGGGUUUAAUUGGUAAAGAUAAAACUGGACGAAGUGAUCCAUAUGUGACAGUACAAGUUGGUAAAGUACGUAAACGUACUAAAACAGUUCUACAAGAAUUGAAUCCAACAUGGAUGAAAAAUUUCUGUUUGAGUGUGAUAAUGCCUUGGAACGAAUUAAACUUCGUGUUUGGGAUGAAGAUAAUGAUUUAA